CAAAUCACCUAGAGGGCAGUAGGUAUUUUACGUAUGGUAUAUGUAAUCGUCCAACGUGCCGCGUAUCUCUCAGAAACGAAUUUAUUUGGCUACGUCUAAGAUCAGCAUUUAUGCACGCCGCGAAUUUUUAAUUCCUGUAACAACAACCAGAUAUGAAUUGACGGAUCAUAUUGGCAGAAAUCUUGCCAAACUGUAUCUUCGAUCCGUCUCGAUCCACGAUCGCGUUACAAGUAUAAUAGGUAGGGAUGGAGUUUGGUGUAGGAGAUGUUGCCCAAAUAUCAGCGGAACUUGCUCAAGUGGUAGAAGUGAUGAUGUCACCAAAUGUCCCACAGCAACAACGUUUGGAAGUAUACAAUGCCUGCGAACGUUUUAAAGAAUCUUCACCUUUAUGCGCACAAUGUGGACUAUAUCUAGCACAGAAAUCACCAAAUAGAAGUUCCGUAGUUCGUCAUUUCGGUCUACAGCUUAUGGAGCAUUGUAUUAAAUAUCGAUGGACUCAAAUAUCACAAUCAGAAAAAAUCUUCAUAAAAGAAAAUGCAAUGAAACUGCUGCAAGAAGGUUCAGAACCAUUGUUGCAAGAGGAAGCUCAUAUUAAAGAUGCAUUAUCUCGGGUUGUGGUAGAGAUGAUCAAACGAGAAUGGCCACAACAAUGGCCUACACUGCUCGCUGAACUUAGUCAAGCUUGUACAAGAGGCGAAAGCCAAACUGAACUAGUUCUUCUUGUGUUUCUAAGGCUUGUGGAAGAUGUUGCCCUUUUGCAAACGUUAGAAUCUAAUCAAAGGAGGAAGGACAUCUAUCAAGCACUUAAUACAAAUAUGGCUGAGAUUUUUAGCUUUUUUUUAAGAUUAAUGGAACAACAUUUCUCAGAGUUUCAAAAGAAGAGUAGUUUAGGUUGUACUUCUGAGGCAGCUGCACAUAGCAAAAUUGUACAGGUAGUAUUAUCUACACUAACUGGAUUCGUAGAAUGGAUUUCAAUAAAUCAUGUCAUGGCAGAAGAUGGUAGACUAUUGCAAAUAUUAUGUCUCCUUUUGGGAGACCCAAUAUUUCAAUGUUCAGCUGGUGAAUGCUUGUUACAAAUUGUAAAUCGUAAAGGGAAAGCUGAAGAAAGAAAACAGCUAAUGAUACUAUUUUCCGAAGAUGCUUUAAGAUAUAUUUAUGCUGCAGCAACUGCUGUACCACCUGUUACUGGGUCUAAUGAAUUUAUUAACUCCUCAAAUAAUCAUUAUUUGUUUUUGAAGAAACUCACACAGGUACUAACUGGAAUGGCAACACAACUUUGCGCACUCUGGUGUAAAGAUGACAGUUCUAGCAUUCGACCAACACACUUCAACAUAUUUUUAGACACAGUAAUGACUUUUACUAUGUCUUCAAGUCUGACACUUAUACACAUGGCAAAUGUAAUAUGGAUAAUGCUUUUUAAACAUGAACAAAUAAAACAGGAUCAAUUAUUAUUGACAUAUGUACCAAAAUAUGUAGAAAACACAGCCCCAAAAUUGAUAAAAGUUGCAUAUCCACAUGGUGGACAAAGUAACGGAAUGAGCUCAUAUUGUCUCGCUGAUUACGAUUCAGAAGAAGAAUUUAACGUAUUUGUUCAUAGACUUAGAACUGAUUUAUUGGAAGGAUUUCGACAAGCAACGAUGGCAGCACCGUUAGUAACAUUUACUUAUGUGCAGCAAUGGUUAACAGCUAAAAUAACAGAAGGCAUGGCAGAUCUUGGAUAUAAAUGUGAACAGAAUGAUCAGCAAUAUCAGGAAUGGGAUGCUGUCGGACAAGCUUUGGAUUCUGUUGUAUCAAGAAUUCUUCUGAUUAACGAACGACCAAGCGUGCAAACUGGCUUACAAUUGUUGGAAUUAUGUAUUGGUUAUUCUCCACACGAUCCUUGGAUACUGUCAGCUUUGCUGUCUUGCAUUAGUGCCCUUUUUGUGUUCCUAUCUAUGUCAACUGGUUCAAUGGCUAUGCCAGGGGUAGCCAUCCUACCAAGAGUGCUAGAAAAGAUCUUUGCUGCUCUGGUAUUUGAAUUACCUGGUGAAACGAAGGAUACUCGAUCUAAAUCUGCAAAGAAUGUAAGACAUCAUGCAGCCAGUCUUAUGGUCAAGAUUAGUUUGAAGUAUCCGUUGUUACUUCUUCCAGUUUUUGAACAGAUACAUACAAUGGUUCGUGGCUUGGCUAGAGAACCUAGUUCCUUAUCCAAGAUGGAGGCUAUCACAUUGUAUGCAGCAUUGCUACUGAUAUCGAAUCACUUCUGUGAUUAUGAAAGACAAACUAGAUUUGUCGCCGAAGUAAUUGAUGAAGCGUCGACAAAAUUUAUUGCUAUUGGUUCUGAUGCGUUUAAAGGUCCACUAGAAUUAAUGAGACUCGUAGGAUUGGACCUACCUCCAGUUGAAAGUAUGACAGAGGAUCCAGCUGGUCAAAAUCGAUGUGAUUUAGUGGUUUGCAUUUUUACAAUAUUGAGUGUUGUAAAGCGAUGUACUAUUCCGGACGAUCCAGAUCGCGCUGCAAGAGGUAAUUUUGUUGCUGCGCUUAGCGAAAGUGGAAAUCCAGUAUAUAGAAAUCCUGCUACACCUCAUGUAAUUCCACUUUUGCCCACACUUUUCGCAUUACUCAGGGUAAUGAAUGCUUUAUUCACUCCUGCAGCAUUAGCAGCUUUAUCAGAGGGAUACAAAAGCGCUCAUGAGCUAUUGGAGUCAGAGAAGGCAGGUUUAUUAGGUUUGAAUGUAACAAAUGAUAAUGCCCCUGAACCUGAUCAAACAUCAGGUAGUGCCGUUACUCGGAUGCAAUCAUUUCUUAGUACUAUUCAUGAGCAGAGCUAUCAUAUGUUAGGUAGUGGAUUCCAUAUGAUUGGCAGAGACUUUUACCAAUUACCUGGUUUAGCACCAGCACUUAUCAAUUCGGUUUUUUCUAACUUGGAGAUGAUUCCAGACUACAGAUUGCGACCUAUCAUACGUGUCUUUAUGAAGCCAUUUAUAUAUUACUGCCCCCCUGCAUUUUAUGAAAGUGUUCUAGUACCUGUACUGGCUCACGUUUCCACGCAUAUGUGCCAAAGAUUAAGUGCCAAGUGGCAGUAUAUUGCACAUCUUUACGAGUCUGGUGGUUUAGAUGAAGAAAAUACUGACACACAAGAAGUUAUUACUGACAUGUUAAAUCGAAAUUUAACGAGAGACUUUGUAGAUGUAUUGAAAGUAGCCCUUGUCGGAGGUGCAGCUAGUGAUGCAACACCUCUAGAUACAAUGGAACAAGAGAUAGGGGGAAUGGCAAUAGAUCAUCCAUCGUCGCGUGGCAAUAGUAUAGUUGCAGAAGUCGUCAGUGAAUUGGGUACUUUUGUCCUUCGACAUCCAUCGACGUGUCAUAGCGUUGUCUUAUGCGUCUUAGGAGCUUUGACUUGGAAUGAUUCAAAUGCUAGUUUGAAAGCUACAAUGCUAACGGGGCCAGUUGUUCGAGCAUUAGCAGCUGAUGGUAGUCUAACACCUGCUAUGGCUGCGCACAUUAUGGUAGCUAUUCUCCAAGGUUUACAGCUUCAUGGCCAACACGAGGCUAAUCAGGGUUCGCUUAUAACUUUGGGUACACAAGUGUACGAAUGUCUGCGACCUAAAUUUCCAAAUAUUAUCGAAGUAAUGCAAAAAAUUCCGGGGAUAAAUCCUACUGACCUACAGCGUUUUGACGAGAAGAUGGCCAUAGUUAGUACUAAAGGUAAUAAGAUCGAGAAAGGAAAGAAGGAUCUUUUCAAGAAGAUUACAAAUCAGCUUGUUGGUCGAAGUGUCGGUCAGUUAUUCCGCAAAGAAGUUAAGAUAGAUAAUUUACCACGGAUAGAAGUUUUUGGGAAAUCGCAACAAAUACGCGUCGACGAUAUUUCUAAUAAUGCUACUGAUACUGGUAUCACAGCUUUAUUUGCAGGACCGACGUAGCAGAAACUACAUUUAGAUGACCAUAUCAUGAACACCUGGUCAGAAUUGAUAAAUAACAAAAAGCCAUCGUGAAAGCGACCUCCUAGAAAACGAAAAUGGAAUUAUAGAUAAGGAAAUCCUGUACCGAAAAUAAGAUGUCAUAGAAUAAGUUUCCUUCGAGCAAUUUUUUUAAUUAUUCGUGAGGUUGAACGUGUGCAUACAGUCUGGAACAACUGCAUGAUACAUACGUAAACUACGUAUUGUAUGUAUGUGUCACAGAUAGAAAAUAAAAUUGAAAACAUUACGCUUACGCACGCAUUCAACGUCAAUUGUGAAUAGUUUGUAAAAAAAUCUAAUGCUAUUUAUGAAAUCUAUCUUAUUUUUGGUUCGGGAUUUUAACUUAUAAAAAUUACAAUUUGUUCAAUGGGUAUCUAGGGAUGCAUGCGUGCGAGAAUCUGUAUGUGUGUAUGCACAGUAUGUGUAGUGUGUAGAAAUACGCACUUGUAACAUAAGAAAGACGUUCGUCGAUAAAGAACAACAUGCAACAAUUCUGAUAUAAGAAAUUAAAACAAACAAAACAGAGUCUAAAUAAUUGAUAAAUUAUAUAUUAAGUUGCACGCAUUUAUUUCUAUUCUUCUUCAUUUACAUAAAAUCUCCUAUAACAAUGUAAAACAGCAGCAUGAUUUUAAAUGAUCACAUAAUGCGUAGAACGAAUUUGUAAACAAUAUUUCGCUAUAAUAUAUAAUACAGAGGUUGUUGAUUUAUACAAAACAAUUUUUACAAUUUGGUAUAAAAGUUUUUAUGCAAAUCAUUCACAAUUGUUCUCGAACAAGCAAAAUCUGUAAAUUUUUUGGCACUUUUUAAAAGCGCUGUUACAAUAUAACAUUUUGAAUCAA